UCUAAGCGCCCACGGUGCAAGGCCAAUCACGGUUGCGCUCGCCGACGGGUCCUUGAGCGUGAAGCUGUGCGCAAGUGCCGCCACCUCCCAUGUCGGUGCCCCUCCCGCGGAACAAUCCCCUGUCUCUCCUCGGUGCUCCCCUGUCAGGAGAGUCUGCGCAUCUGGCCGCAUAUUGACCUCGUCCCCGGUCUCCCGUCGACGUCUCGAUCUGUAACUUUUUUUUUCUGGCAUUCCUGUCUCAACUGCAUGUGCUUCCGGACAUCAUCCUCUAACUCGUUGUCUUCUGGGUGUUUCGUUUCUGGUUCAAGGAGGGGUUCGUCUUGCAGCUGACGCCUUGGCGAGAGGACGUCGUCUCCCAACCCUGCACCACCCCGCCUUCCAUCAGGCAGAAUCACGACCCUUUUCCGGCACCACUUGCAGCUUUCUCGGUGAGAGAUAUACACGCACCUCAAGGAUCUGGAGAGGGAAAGCAGUCCCUAGAUCCCGUACCUAGUUUCAACUUCUGUGCCCGGCAGUGGCAGUUUCAGCGCAAGCCGGCGCAUAUCACCCCGCACACCCUCCUGACAAGAUGGCCAGCCGGUCGCGCGAUGUCCCGGAUGAUGAGCUCUUUAUGAGCCGCCCAGCGCCGUCUGGGGAAGAUUGCGACAGUCCGACCGUUGAGCCGUUGAGAAUAUUCAAACCACUGAGCCCGGCCCCCGAUAAGGCAUCCAACCGGCCAAAGUAUCCCGCGCCGCCUUCAUCGUCGUCUUCCUACUCGUCCUCGACCGCGGCAGGCCCAUCGUCAUCGCCAGCACCCAAGCCAGCAAUUGCGUCCCUGCCACCACUCCCCUCAUUUCCUUUCGGGGGCUCAAGCUCUGCGGCGCCGCUUCCGUAUCCUGACGACGACUUCCACAAGACUACCCAGCCAUCAAAGCCCAGUCGGCUACCCUAUCCAGAUGAUGGCCGCAAGACCUCUUCACCCGCGCCUGUUGGUAGGCUCUACAGUCCUCCACCGGUAUCGUCAAGUCCCAAGCCGUACGGAGACUCAGCUUCACGGCCGACCCUGAACACGGGAGACAAGAAGGCUGGUCUUGCUGAACGACGUGGAACAGCACCCAAACCGCUGCAGAGCCCUGACAGCCCAGGGGAUGAUAGGGAUGAGUUGUUCGCAAAGCCUCUCAGGAAUCCAGCCGUUUCCAUCUCGACCUCGACUUCUUCUUCGACUAGCUCUGCCUCUCCAGCGCCCAAAAUUUCGAAUGCCUAUCAGCAAAAGCCCUAUUAUCCUCCUCCCGGCGGCGCAAGCAAUAUCAACCGCUUUUCGUCGACGGCGUCAACCUCGACAACUCGCGCCAGUCGUGGAUCACCCCCGCCCCCUGAGACUCCUAUUGUGGAGCCAGGUGCGAUUCCUGGGGGCGGCAUCGAGGCACGAUAUGCUGCUGCAGGCAUCUCCGGGACCGCGACUCUCAAUGCUCUACAAGCGCAACAGGCUCAAAGCGCUGCUGCACAGUCGCGACUGGCACAAUACGGUGGCCAACGUCCCCCGGCGCAGCCACAGCCCACCCGGCCUUGGACGCCGACUGAAGCUCCGGACCAGCAGCCCUUCGGUCCGCCUACGGUGUACCAGGGGGCCGAUGUAGUCCCAAAACCCACACCACCGCAACAAGGAGGCUACAAUCUUCCUCAGAAUCCCAACCCGGCUUCUCAGGCCCCAGCAAGCAGCAACCUACAGGUUUCGGUAUUGGAGCAAGACUUCCAGCGCAUGCAAGCCUCAACUCCUCCCCCUGCCUAUACAUCUGUCAAUCCCAGCGCAAACAGCUCCCAGUACCCGAACGAGAAGCAACGCCCGGUACCGACCAGCUCGAACUCGGCCCCAGCUGUUCCCGGCGUUGCGCAACACCCUGCCCAAAACGCGGCUCCAAGCCCUGCCCCCACUGCCGUAUCCCAGCACGCUGUUGCCUCCAGCUCCCGACCCAACGCCAGUCCGGCCCCGGCUGCUUCAUCAUCGCCAGCGCCAGAGAAGCCAAAGCCUGUUGCGAAUACAGCAGCCGCCGUACCAGCACACAACGCCGGUCAUCCCGCGUUUGCGAACGAUCACCCCGCUUUCGCCAACGAGGCAAAGCCCGCAGCGGUACAAAAUGGGCAACCAGCGCUGGCACAUACACCGUCUCUUCUCGCGGCGGCGUCUUCUCCACCCCCGCUGCCGGAGGGCUGGAUUGCGCAUCUUGACCAAAACUCGGGACAGUACUAUUACAUUCACCUGGCAACCCAGGCCACACAGUGGGAAUUUCCCAAGGGACCAACUCCUCUAAACCACGACGCAGCUCCCCUCUCGCCCACUACAUCCACUUAUGGAAACCCGCUUGCCUCGCCACUGUUGGGCGGCGGCAAGUCCGCGUUGGCCUCGCCCAUGUUCCACCCCCAAGGCCAUCCAGGCUACGCCGAGAGCAUCAUGAGCGUCACAGCAUCGGUAGCUCCUUCGACAGCAGGAUUCACGGGACCUCCUCCCAGUGCCGGGGUCGAUGUGUACAAGGUGAUGCCAACAAAUGGCGUCUAUUUUGGACCGUAUCUGCGCUAUGUAAACAUGGACCUGGAAAAGGGGGUCUGGCUUGGCAGCAUCAUGAUCGUGACCGAUGCGCCACAGCCUCCCACCAUUCACAUUCAUCUUAGCAUGGAUCUUUCCCCCAAUCCUCGGCAGCUUGUGCCAAAUAACAUACAUGCGCACCAGAGGUGGACUUUCUGGAAGUACGAUGUGGCGCUCCAGAUGUCGGACCAUGGGACCGAGAGGUGGACGUACGCAGUGACUUCGCACUUGGGAUGCACACGGUACGAAUUUGUCGUUGCCGGUCGCUAUGAGACAGGUUGGCGCAUGCUUGCCCACUCUGGCAAUGACUUUGCGCCGAGUACCAACCAAAACGAAAGGGCGAGGCUUGGUGGCGUGGGCUUCAUGUGGAAGGAUAUCCUUCAAAAGAACAUCGACUGCGGCGGGUUCCAUGUUCAGCUCGGCCUGGGAGCUCAAAUCUACGGUGAUCGUCUCUGGAAGGAGGUGCCUCUUUUGAGGCAGUGGUUGGCGAUGCAGGGGAGAGAAAACAGAAAGAAUGCGCCGUGGACAGCGCGGCAUCAGGAGGAUGUGUCGCAUGCGUACUUUCACUACUACACCAGUCACUUUGACCAGCCGUUUAUGCGCGAGGCGUUUGCGCAGAUUCCGCACGUUUUGCAGAUUGAUGAUCAUGAUAUCUUUGAUGGGUUUGGCUCCUAUCCCGACUACAUGCAGUCGUCUGCUGUCUUCAAGGGCAUCGGCCGGAUCGCUAUUGAGAUGUAUCUUCUCUUCCAGCAUCACACUACAGUUGAAAUCCUACGCAACGUCAGCUCAGACAUGGAUCUGUUCACUGUCACCGGCUCAGGCUGGCACUUCCUCAAGUACCUCGGUCCCGCCAUGGUAGUCAUCGGCCCAGACUGCCGCUCCGAGCGUACUCAAACCCGCGUCAUGGCCGGCCCGACAUACCAAGGCAUCUUUCCCAAGGUGGCCACCCUCCCGCCCAGCGUCCAGCACUGCAUCUGGAUGAUUUCGGUACCGGUCAUCUACCCCCGUCUCGAAACUGUCGAAACCCUCGCCAACACCUUUGCCACGGGCAAAAAAGCCGUCAAUACCACCUACAACAUCCUCGGCAAGGUCACGUCCUCCGUCGCCGGCGUGGUAGGCGGCAAGGAGAUGGUCCAGCACGGCUUCAAGGAAGUGAAGAAGGCUGUUGGAAAGUCUGGGCUGAUGGGCAACGUCCUCAACCAGUUUGGCGAGUUUGACAUUGCCGAAGAGCUCAAAGAUCUUUGGACUCACGAGUCGAAGGACCUCGAGCGUACUUACCUCAUCCGCACACUCCAGGGGAUCGCCCAGCAAAAGGGUAUCCGUAUGACGUUCCUGUCAGGAGACGUCAACUCCUGCGGCGCAGGCCUAGUCCACGACCCCUCCCACCCCCAAGACCACAAAACAAUGUACCAACUCAUCGCCUCCCCCGUCGUCGCCGCGCCCUCGAGCAAUUACCUCAUGAAGAUGCUCCACAACAACAAGCUUCUUUACGUUCCCCAGAACGGCCACAAGUCUACUCAUGAAGUGUCGGACACAAAGGAGGACAUGAUGGAGAUCUUCCAUACUGAUGCGUCGGGCGCGGCGAGGGAGCACAAGAAGCUGAUGGCGAGGAGGAACUAUGUCGCCAUUGUGGCGUAUGACCCGGAGGUGAUUGCCAAUGGGGGACAGCAGGGGCAGGGGCAGCCGGGUUAUGCGGGGAGUGUGCACAGUGGAAAUUCGGGAGGGUUGAGCAAGUUGAGUUUGGCGGUUGAUUUUGUGGUGCAGGGGGAUGGAGCUUACACGGCGACGACCAAGUAUGGGCCGGUGAUUGUGCCGCAUUUGGAGUUUGGGCACUGAUUUGUAGGGGAUGAUUUUUAUUUUUGGGAUUAUUUAUUCCAUUUUUUUUAUUGUCGUGAUGCUAUCUAUUCUACAGUUGGUGUGCUUGGAUAGUUGAAAUUUACAUACACUUUUUGAGCAUAAUCCUAUACUGGGACGUUGUGAAAUAUAGUGAUGGAAAUUUGAAAGACAGAUCUUAUUGUUUUUAUCUUGCAUCAAAAA